CUUGCGGAUGUCAUUGCAGACAAACAUCAUGGUCUUUAUGUACAAGUCGAAGCCGAAUCCGUCACCAGAAGACACAACAAAACAAGCUCGGCCUUCAGCUACAUGUGUGGCCACUUCUUCCGCCGCGACGAAUACCGCUCUCAUUUCAGGAACGUGCACUCUGACAUCCAGGCCUCUCUGAGUGGUUGGUUCCAACAACGCUGCCCCUUAGCAUACCUUGGCUGUGCUUUCACCCAGACGAGGUUUCACCCAGCAGGUCACCGAGCUACAAUCAAGUUCUGUCAAGAUGUCAGCGCCUUUGUCCUCCAGCCAGACAUCCCUCCAUUCCUCUGUGAAGGCGGGAAAACCUUCAGCCCUCAGAGAAACGGUGCACAUAAUGUGGAUCCCCUGAGCAGCCUGCCCCUGGAGAUCCUUCAGCACAUUGCUGCUUACCUUGACAGUUUUACAUUAUCUCAGCUGUCCCGAGUCUCCCAUCUGAUGAGGGAGGUGUGUGCCACAUUGCUGCAGGAGAGAGGGAUGGUGUCCCUCAAGUGGGAGAAAAAGACAUAUUCCCAUGGGGGAAGUUCCUGGAAAUGUCGAAAGAAAGUUUGGGAGUUCAGCUCUCUCUUUUCAUCUGUGGACAGAUGGAGCUUCAGCAACAAUCCUUCCAUGUCAGAUCACUUGAAAACCUGCUCCUUCUACCAGAGAGAGGAGCACACUGACCCUGUGGCUUUAGCCUGCCUGGGAGAGGUCGGAGACAGACACGGAGAAGUAAAGCAUAAAAGAUAAUGCUCAUGGUCCCAGAGCUCAGUGGGCGGACCGCAAUACAAGUGAUGCCGUGUUUAGAAUCACUCAGGCAUGACAUGUAUCCUCUGCAUAUACAGCUAGAAACAAAAGGUAAUUCAGAACUGCU